GCGCCGAGGCUGCGGCCGUCUUAUGUGCUUCUAGCCGCCGGCCUCCUCCGACAGAAGCUUCUAGCGCAGGCUGUGCCAACUGCGAUCACGGAGGCAUCCCUUCCUGCAGAAGGGCGCAUGGACAUUUUCUGCGAGGCAUCUACCGCUCUGCCGGAGGAGUUUCAGCGGAAUGUGACCAUGCUGUUGUUGCAGGAGAUGCAGGAAACUCCGACAGCUGCAGGUGGCCGUGGCAAGCUAAGCUCCGCUUCCAUUCUCGAGGCUGUUGAAAUGUCGGCAGCCGCCUUGGGCGGUGCUGCCUUCUGCGCGCGUGCGCAGAGGACCGGCUUUAGUCGGCUCUUCUCCCAACUAGGCAACUUCAGCCGCAUGACCCAGCGCUUGAGGGCCGAAAGCUUGGACUCCAUUACGGGCGCCUUGUGUGGAGCCGAGAUUGCAGAAGAGACU